AUGAAAGUGGUACAGGAUCGUCAAAAGUCUUACGCCGAUUUGGCAAGGAAGCAAGUGGAAUUCGUGGUUGGAGAUAAAGUUUGGCUGAAGGUCUCUCCGAACCGGGGAGUGAUGAGGUUCGGAAGAAAGGGCAAGCUAAGCCCCAGGUUCAUAGGACCUUAUGAGAUACUUGAGAGGGUUGGGGGUCUAGCUUAUCGGUUGGCUUUACCUAUGGAGUUGGAGCGAGUGCACAUUGUUUUCCACGUGUCGCAGCUUAAGAAAUAUGUUCAUGACCCAACACACGUUUUACCACCGGAGGUGAUCCCGUUAGACGAUAACAUGUCCUACAAAGAGAGGCCGCUCAAGAUUCUGGAUUCUAAGACCAAGGAAACGCAUAGGAAGUCAGUGAAGAUGGUGAAGGUUUGGUGGACCCAUCACAGCGUUGAAGAAGCGACUUGGGAGAUUGAGUCAGCUAUGAGGGAGCGUUAUCCAGAGUUGUUCUCGUCAGUGUUUGUAUGA